UAUAAUUUUAAAGUUAAUUAAAAUAUUUUUUUAUUUGGUUCUUUUGUGAGGAAUUUUAUAGUCAAUUAGUUAAAAGAGAGUACAAUUUCAAAUUUUAAAACUAUGCUUCUCCUUCAAAAUCUUCACUUGUUUAUCCUCAUUUAAUAAAACCACCAAUCCAAAACUAGCUGAACUCUCCCACCUCCACCUUGUUCUCCUAUCUCUGGAUUCUUCUCUUUGAUUUGAGAUUCGCAACUGGUAGUCUUAAUGGGUCAUAGCCAACUUUUUGUCCAGAUUUCUUCAAUUUAUAGGUUUUAUUUUGUUGAUUUUGUCAUGUAAAGCAAUACAGCUCUGCUGAUAACAUUGUGCAUUGCACUCCCAGGUAGAGGAGAAUAUGCGAUUAAGGACUGAACUUCAGAAAAAAAUUCAGGAACUUGAAAAAUACAGGCUUUCUGGAGCAUCUUUGCUAAUACUAGCAAAUAAGCAAGACCUAAAAGGUGCUCUGACACCAGAUGAAAUUGCUAAGGUACUAAACCUGGAGAAUAUGGACAAAAUCAGGCAUUGGAAAAUCGUGGGCUGUAGCGCAUACACAGGGGAGGGGCUGCUUGAGGGAUUUGAUUGGUUGGUUCAGGACAUGAUGAUACCUUAGGAUCUAGUCAACAUUAAGUAAUAGAGUUAGGUUUUUUUUAUUGGCCCUCUCAGAGAACUGAUUAAGGUCCAUUUGUAUUGUUUUAUUAACUAUCUUAUUGUUGUGGAAUUUAGUCAAGCUGUGAAUUCGACAAAAAAAGAAAAAAGUCAAGCUGUGAAACUUUUUGGGUCAAUAGUAUUAUUAAAACUUUCAAUGGGAAGUUUGGGUCAAUAUUAGUGACUAAUCAGCCAUAAAAGCAAAUUAAAUAAUAAAUAUUUUUUUGAUUUUACUAUUAA